ACGACCUACAAAACCGACGUCGAGUCGGUACAUGGGCAUGUGGGGCCGAGAGGUUGCUGUAUGCGAUAUGGGCCUUGUCUUUCUCCGCGUUAUAUACUAUCAUGAGCUCAAGCAAUCUGUAUGCAUUACGAUCACUCGGACGCCCAUCUCGCGGUAUCAUCUUAUUCGCGUUGUUAUCGUCGAUGAAGAUGACAAGAGCGACACAGAACCUCUUUGAUUGUA